GUUUCUCAGCCUAGGGGGCAUCAUCGAGGGGCCGUACUGGGUCAGCUCUGGGGUCGUUGUUGGGUGCUCGAUGGCCACUUCGUUUAUCCGUGUUUUCGCCCUUAAGGCCUUCGAUAAGUUGUGCAAUGUUCUGGCUAGUGGCACUGAUUUCGACGCAUACAUCGAUGGCACGUGCCUCUCGCACACGGGCACGGUCCCCGAAGUCGUAGAGGCACUAGUUUCUUCCUCGGUCAGCUUACACAAGGCUGUCACCCAGGAGCUUGGUUGCACGCUGGCGCUUGGCAAAGUGGGCUGCGUGUGCAGCCACAAGCCAAUAGCAAUUCAGCUCGAGGAGCGACUGGGAGAGUUGCGCGGCAAGCCCUCGUCCUCGGUGGUUAACUUGGGUACUGACUACACGGCAG